AUGGCCCAGCAAGGCCAGCCUCAGCCUCAAGGCGCACAGGCUCCUGCUGCUCAAAACCGGCCUCCCAUGUAUCAGCCUGGGCAGAUCAAAAACCUGCCCUUCCUUAGUGACGAAGAGAAGACCAAAUAUGAGCAAGGAUUGCGCGGCCUAUGGACCAAGAUGAACGGGUCCCCAACCAACAGCCCUGACCAGAUCGCAGCGCGACAGAAGAUUAUUGAAUUCUCUAGAAUGCUGAUUGGGAAGAUCCAGCAGAGAAGGACUCUUGCCGCUCAGCAGCAAGGCCAGCAGCAGCCUCAAGCACGGCCGCCAGGUGCACAACCCCAACAGCAGCCGCAACAGCAACAAUUGCAACAACAACAGCAGCAGCAGCCGAACGCAGCUCUGCAAGCCCAAGCCCAGGCUCAGGCUCAGGCUCAGGCUCAGGCUCAGGCACAGGCACAAGCUCAGGCUCAGGCUCAGCAGCAGAAGCCACAAGGUGCAGGAGCCGAAGUUACGGCAGCUGGUGCAGCUGGUCAGGCGCAGAAUACCCAAGGACAAGCACCAGCGACGGCAGCUCCAACAGCAGUGCAACGGCCUAAGAUACCGGAAAACUACAUGAAAAUGGCCAACGCCGCUAUACUUCGGCCUCCGGUGCAGCUGGCAGAUAAAUCUGCAGAGGGUGCCAAAUGGAUGGAAGAAAUGAAGGAACGUUUUGCACGGGCGCUCAUGACUAUGGAUACAACGAAGAAUAAUGUUGCCAACUGGGAAAAGCUGAUGAAUGACCGAACUGCUCAGGGGAAUCCCCUCAAAGACGAGGAACUUCGAAAGUUUCAGCUGAGAAAAGACCAACAACUGAAGCUUUAUUCUGAGGCUCAUAAAUGGGUGGAGGGUGUUCGCAAACAGCAGGGAAACUUUCAAGGAGCUGCUGCUCAUGCCAACCAAGCUUCAGCUGGCACCGCUGGUGCUGCUCAUGCUGCUCAUGCUGCUAGCCAGCCUAGCAACGCUACUCCGGCCAUGCCAGCCGCUUCGCCAGUUGUAGCAGCUGCCGCGAACAAACCACAGAAUGGCAACCUGCCAGCGCAAAUGCCUGGCAACGCUGCUGCAGAGGCGGCCAAAAACCAGCAGCAGCUGGCAGCGGGCAAUCGUGUUGCAGGCCCAAAUGGCAUUGCAGCUACGCCUACACCGCAACCGCAAGCACGACCGGUCCCGAACCCUGCUGCCACAGCACAACAGCAGCUACAAGGCCAGCAGCAGAUGCAAGCACAAAUGCAAGCACCGCAACAGCAACAAAUGCAGCAGCAGAUGCACGGUCAGCCCCAGGGACAAGCUCAGCCACAGGUUCAAGUCAAGACGGAACCACCGCGGCCCGCACCAGUCAACACCGCUCUCGCUUCAGCUGCUGCCCAGGCUCAGGUUGCUCAACAGACUGCAUCUCCUGCUCAAGCAGCGGCACGAGUGCAAACCCCACAAACUGCAACUCCCGUAACUGGCCCAGGACAGCCAACACGAGCUCUCAGCCAUUCGGCCGCCAUGUCUCUCGCUAAUCAAAGAGCAGCUGGAGGCACUCCCGGAAGCGCUCCCCUGCCUAAUCCGCCUACAAACAUCAACACGGCUGCAGCUGCAGCUACCGUGAACAAUCCCAAUAUGGGAGUAUCGGGAGCACAACUCCAACAAGGCCAUCCUCAUGCUCACCCUACGCAGCAGCCAGCUACUGUUCAGCCAAGAAUGCCCAUCCCCAAGCAACUGCCAGAAAAGGCCACUGCAGUACCCCAAGGAGUAGUAGUCGGCGGCGGCGUCGUUCCUGGACGACCAACCAUGUCUCAGGGUGGUGGAACUGUAGGAGGAGUCAUGAAUCAACCAGCUGUGCCCAGAAUACCAGCCUACAAUCACGAUGCUGAAGGUGACCACGUUUUGAGCAAGAAGAAGUUGGAUGAACUUGUGCGACAAGUCUGUGGAGGACCCGCCGAGGGCCAAGACGGCAAUUUUCUGACUCCGGAAGUAGAGGAGAGCGUCUUGAGCCUGGCCGACUCCUUUGUCGACAACGUCCUUCAUGCAGCGUGCAGAAACUCUAAAGAGCGCGGCUCCAAGGUCCUCGAAAUACGGGAUAUUCAGCUCGUGCUUGAGCGAACCUAUAACAUUCGUGUUCCGGGCUACUCGUCUGAUGAACUGCGCACGGUACGCAAGGUUCAACCGUCUACGGGCUGGAUCGCAAAGAUGAGCGCUGUGCAAGCAGCCAAAGUAAUGCCCGGAAAGGGCGAGUGA